GGAACGCGCAGCGGCUGAGGAAACAAGACUAGAACCCGUCUCUAUUCUGGCUCCACAGCUCAAACUGCGAGUGUGAUUCUCUCCUUAUCUCUGCCUGGCAUUCUUAUCAACUUAGGGAAUACAAACAUCUUACAAGAAUCAAUUUGGAAAGGACAGACGGCCCUCACAGCCCCGUGCCUACACCCCAGUGAUGCUUAGCUGCUGCAUCCCAGAGGCCCAGCUUGGCAGUUAGAGGAGAGGUCAUCACCAUGACUGCGUCCUCACGGGACUCCGCCCCCUCGUCUAUGGCUGGCCUCUUCCUGCUCCUUCUCCUCCCAGCUGUUUUCGCGCAGAACUCUGCUGUCCCAACAACCCCGACCCCGUCCCUGCUUGACCCGCUGACGCAGCCGGAGUGCACAAAGAAAGAACAUCCAAAGGUUUCCAUCAGAGCGCUCAGUCCGUGGAUUUCAUCUUUCUCCCACCCUGGUGUGAGAGACUACUCCCAGCUCACCCUUGACCUGACUAGGAAUGAGCUUAUUGUGGGUGCCAGAAACUACCUUUUCAGACUGGACCUCAGUAACCUGUCGCUGAUACAGGCGACAGCAUGGGCACCGGACGAGGAGACCAGGGGGUCCUGUCAGAGCAAAGGCAAAACAGAGACUGAAUGUCAGAACUACAUCCGAGUCCUGCUGGUGAACAAGACGGAGGUCAUAACGUGUGGAACCAAUGCUUUCCAGCCGCGUUGCAUCACCAGAGAGGUGGGCAAUUUGAGCAGCGUGCUGGAGAGCGUGAACGGCGUGGCGCGCUGCCCGUACGACCCUCGUCACAACUCCACGGCGGUGGUGACAGAGAGCGGAGAGCUGUACGCCGCCACUGUCAUCGAUUUCUCCGGCCGUGACCCCGUCAUAUACCGGAGCUUGGGUGGCAUGCCACCGCUCCGGACUGCUCAGUACAACUCCAAAUGGCUCAAUGAGCCCCACUUCAUCUCGGCCUAUGACAUCGGCCUCUUCACCUUCUUUUUCCUGAGGGAGAAUGCGGUGGAGCACGACUGCGGCAAGACAGUCUAUUCCCGCGUGGCGAGGGUCUGCAAGAACGACAUAGGCGGGCGAUUUCUCUUGGAGGACACUUGGACCACGUUCAUGAAGGCGAGGCUCAACUGCUCACGCUCCGGGGAGAUCCCCUUCUACUACAACGAGCUGCAGAGCACCUUCUACCUGCCCGAACAGGACCUUAUCUACGGCAUCUUCACAACCAAUGUCAACAGUAUUGCAGCAUCUGCAGUGUGUGCCUUCAACCUGAGCGCCAUCACCCAGGCCUUCAACGGGCCCUUCCGCUCCCAGGAGAAUCCCCGUUCCACCUGGCUCCCCACACCCAACCCCAUCCAUAACUUUCAGUGCGGUACUAUAGAUGACAAGGGUCCCAAUGAGGGGUUGACAGAGCGCAGUCUGCAGGAUGCCCAGCGGCUUUACCUGAUGAAUGAUGUUGUCCAGCCGGAGUCGAUUGAUCCGCUGGUCAUGCAAGACGACGUUCGCUUCUCAAACCUAGUCGUGGACAUUGUUCAGGGCAUGGACACCCUCUACCAUGUCAUGUACAUCAGCACAGAGUAUGGCACCAUCCUGAAGGCACUGGCUACACCCAACAAGAACCUGCAAGGUUGUUACCUGGAAGAGAUGGAGCUCUUCCCAUCAGGUGUUCGAGAACCAAUCCUAAGCCUGCAGAUCCUGCACAGUGACAGGUCACUCUUUGUCGGGCUCAACAACAGAGUCCUGAAGAUCCCGCUGGAGAGAUGCUCCACCUACAAAACUGAGACACUGUGCUUGGAGGCGAGGGACCCGUACUGCGGUUGGGACUUCAGGCAGCGCAGGUGCACCACACUGGAGGACAGUUCUAACAUGAGCCAGUGGAAGCAGAACAUCACCGUUUGUCCGCUGCGGAAUCAGACCAUCGACGGCGGCUUCGGACCUUGGGCGCCAUGGCAACCUUGCAACAAUGAUGAUGUUGUGGAUGGUCUGAGCUCCUGUUUGUGUCGCUCCAGAUCUUGUGACAGUCCUGCCCCUCGGUGCGGAGGCAAAAACUGUGAGGGCCCCACCAUCGAGGUGUCGAACUGUUCAAGGAAUGGAGGCUGGACACCCUGGUCGUCAUGGGGACAGUGCAGCACAACGUGUGGUACAGGCUUCGAGCUGCGCCAGCGUUCUUGUAACAACCCCUCACCUCGCCAUGGUGGCCGUGUGUGUGUCGGGCCCAGCAGGGAUGAAAGGUUCUGCAAUGAAGGGGUGUCCUGUCCUCAGCCUAUUUUCUGGACCCCGUGGGGCUCCUGGACCAAGUGCAGCACUGAGUGCGGCGGUGGUGUCCACUCCAGGGUCCGCACUUGUGAGAAUGGCAACAGCUGCCCGGGAUGCGCAUUGGAGUACAAGGCCUGUAACCUGGAGGCUUGUCCAGAGGUGAAGAGGAACACACCCUGGACGCCCUGGAUGCCUGUCAACGUAACUCAGGGCGGAGCCCGUCAAGAGCAGAGGAUGCGCUACAUGUGCAGGGCCCACCUGUCUGAUCCUCACGAGCUGCAGAUUGGACGGAAGAAGGUGGAGACACGCUUCUGUCCCAAUGAUGGUACAGUGGCCUGCGAGACAGAUACCCUUGUCGAGGAACUCCUCAAGACACCGGUGGUGAGGGUGUCGGGCACAGGCUGGUCAUCAUGGGAGAUCUGGUCAAGCUGCUCACACAGUUGUUCUAAAGGUUAUCGCACCCGUCGGCGAACCUGCUCUGGCCCAGAGGGGAAGAGUGCCCCUGUGGCCUGCCGUGGCUCGCCUGUGGAGUAUCAGGACUGCAACGUCCAGGCAUGUCCAGUGAACGGUGCCUGGUCCUGCUGGUCGUCCUGGUCUCAGUGCUCAGUGGGUUGCGGAGGCGGGCACUAUCAGCGGACACGCUCCUGUAACAGCCCUGCACCUUCCAGCAGUGGAGACAUUUGCAUAGGACUGCACACCGAGGAGGCCCUGUGUAACACACACCCUUGUGAUGGUGGCUGGAUGGCCUGGUCGCUGUGGUCAGCCUGUGAUGACUCAGGCUUGCAGAUGAGGAGUCGUGUGUGUGGUGCUCAGGGCAACAACCCCUGUGUGGGGAACAGCACUCAGCGUAGAGACUGCAAUGAAAUACCUGUCAUUCUCCCUGCAUCUGGUUUUGAUAAGGACCAACACUGUGGAGCAUUUACCUCCAUCCACCUAAUUGCCACCGGUGUUUCCUGUUUCCUUGGGGCGGGGCUGCUAUCCUUCUUGAUCUAUGUGUAUUGUCAGCGUUUCCACAAGCCUUCCCAAGAGUCUGCCAUUAUUCACCCCACCACCCCAAACCACCUCAACUACAAGGGCAAUACCACGCCAAAGAAUGAGAAGUACACACCAAUGGAGUUUAAGAAUGCAGAGCACACUGUCCACACCGAAAACAAAAUCUCUGUCUCAAGAAUUCCACCUAUAGUUGAAUCCUCAAAACUUGGUCUGAAGACACUGAAUAAAAACAACCUGCUGCCUGAUGAAAGAUCCAAUUUCUACCCGACACCGCUCCAGCAGACGAACGUCUACACCACCACCUACUACCCCACAGCGCUCGGCAAAUUCGACUACCAACCCAACUCAUCCCCUUCGCCGUGCAGGAACUACAACCACACUAACAACAGCUGAGACACGCCCCCAAAUCCAGCUCUCCAUCCCGCUGCCCCAAAUGGUCGCCACCCCACCCCACCCCGCCCCCAAUACCAUGGUGACGUAACUGAACCGACAUGAACUGAAGUGUUAGUCAGAGCUUGGCCAAGUUCCUCUGAUCACCAUUGCCCCUCUCUUUGCUUUCUAGUCUCUUCUCUUUGUGUUUUUAGGGUUUUGUUUUGGGAGGGUGGUUUUGGAACUUUCCAUCAGCAGAUUUGGAUUUGGAGAAGAAUGCCUCUGCCCUGUUAUAGUCAGGAACUUAUGCAACCAGCUGGGGGGGUGUUAUUGUAAGGGCCUGGCUGGAUAAAGCAGUGUCAACUCACAGCUUCAUGCAGAGAACUAGUGGAAAACUUUAGGAGGACGAGUAAUGGCUUUAGACACCACGCCACCUCAGUGCAGGUGCAGGGUCGGUGGAGCGUCCACAUUUCCAGAGGCAAACAUGAACAAAAUACAUUUAAAAAAAGAAGAAACAUUCCUCUGGAUCCGGGUCACCAUUUUAUGCCUCUCCAUCACAAACCACAGUCUCAGCUUGUAAUGGACUUUGAGUCCCUCGACAGCAAAAGCAGUUACAGAGAACAAAAGGCACGUAUGGCUACGUCCUUGCCGCACAGCACAAAGCAAGAGAACAACAGCAAAAAGAGAAAACUCAAUGAAGUCAAUGCUGAAAUAAAUUAGAGAUCAAUAUCAGCUUGGUUGUUUGGGGGAGGGGGGGGGGUGUGCACGCCCUCCAUUGUUGCUGUUUCACGUGACAGAAAAGAUAAGAACUUUGGAGCUGAUUAAGGUUUUUGGGCGGCUGUUUGGAAGAUUCACAACACUUACCAUCAUCGUCAGUCGAAGGAGAAUAAUAGUGCUUCUGAUCCGAGUCCCUUGUCUUUUGUGGGCAGGGAUAUUGACUCCUACAGUCAAAGCACGGAGCGUUGGAAGCGUUCUAAACUGUAAAAGCUUUGGGAAUUCCGUGGGUGCCUGUAUGCAAUAGAAAGGCAGGGGCGAGAUUUGUUUUAUUUCUACUUUUUCUCUAUUUUUUUUUUUCCUUUUCAAGAACAAUAAGGACUUCUGGAAGAGAAUUGAUUGAUUCUCCAAUUGAUUCUCCAAUGGAUGCAUCGAUUCUGCUAAAUAGCCCGGUGGUCAUAUCAAAUAUGGCCAGUGUGCUGAACACCUGGAUUGGGUUUUCUAUGAUGGUAGAAUAAGCUAGUAGAUUGUCACUUCUUCUUUUUUUUUUCUUUUUUUUUUUUAAAUGUUUGUUUUUCUAAGAUAAUUGUUUUAUGCUCAGAUGAGCCGUAGCAUAGGAGGAAAUAUUUUGUUAAAUAAGAUAACUAAUUAUUUCUUGUCUCUCUAAUUUCCACUUCACUGAAUGAGCACAUUCCUUUGUUUUGAUUGUUCAGCUUUGUGACCAUUUGCAUCUUCAGUACAUGAAAUGUUAACACAAAAAUAAAAGAAUGAAUUUCAGCGAUAUUGUUGUUGCAGAGAAUGUCAAAAAAUAUCCAUCUGGACCUUCUUGAAGUGAAAAAAAACAACAAAAAAAACCCAACUCUAAAUUCUGCUUGCCUGAGUUUACCAGUGUGAACAUCAACGUGGGUGCAUGCGUGUUUGGAUAUAAGUGUGCCUGAAUGAGCAAAGAGAGGCUACUGUAUUUUGUACAAUGUAAAUGCUUUCAUACAUUUUCAUACAUCUGUAAAGCUGGUGUGUGUGUGUGUGUGUGUGUGUGUGCGUGUGUGCGCAUCUUGUUGCAGGCAUUCUACUGGUAUUUUUUUUCUAUUUCAUGUAUGAGAUGUUAAUCAUUGUAAGUUAAAGCGUCACACCUCUGGUCCGUGCAGAGGUGUGAUGGACAUUAUUUAUAGUCGAAGCUCGGUUUAUAAAGGGCAUUCUCACAGCUAUAUUUUAUUAUUAUUGCCUGAUCGAUGAAUGCUAACCCAGCAAUGCUUUUCAGUUCAGCUAAUGUACAUGCACGAGAUGAGAGCUCUAUCUGUAUAUAGAAGCGACAGCCUUCUACCCAUUUAAUGUCCUUGAAGACGAUUGUGUAAAUGUAUCUGUAUAUUGUAUAGCUAACACUGUUUGUUUAAAAAAAAAGCCUUAUAGUUGUUUAAAAAAAAAAAAAAAAAAAAAGUACAGCAGCUAAGUACACACCAACCAUGAGGUUUGUUUGGGGACAGAGCUCCACAAUGUGACCGACAGCUUGUGGCUCGUGACCUUUCCCAGAUGCUCAAACUUCAAAUCUCCAGUCACACGAACCCGGAAUGAAAAUAACCCACCAAUGAGAGUGCCGCAUAAUUAUACACUGGAAAUAAUCAUAUAUUAUUAGGAUAUGAAAUUAAAAAGAUGUCAUUUUGAUAUAAAGUAAGCUUCUGCUGGCCUCGUCUGACAGCCGUUCACCUGAUUGGUCGAUGUUGAGCUCUGUCCCCUGCGAUGUGAGGCUCUGUGCCCUUCUAUGCAACUUACCAGGUGUACUGUUAGACCUGUCAUGUAGACAAAUGUAUAGUAAUCACUGCCUUUUAGACACUGUGAAUUUUUGGUACCCUAUAUUUUUGUAUAUUGUACAUUAUAAAAGGACAAUAAACCUUGAU